AUGCUGUUCUUUCGAUGGCGACCAUCUAAACAAAGCCUUAUUACCCUUGUCAUUGUCUGCAGCUGUGUUUGGCAGCCACUGGAUGCAGUAUUUUCUCCACAUCGGCAGAAUCGUGAGAUCAUCAUAACAGAUGCGGUUAGGCGAAUACGUCACGACGGCUUUCCGGUGGAACAUCACAAAGUGCAGACAAGGGAUGGGUAUGUAUUAACUAUGCAUCGUAUUCCAUUCCUCCAGCGGUUCUCGAAUGGAAGGGCCCGCGUUUUAAGACGGCCAGUGGUUUUAAUGCUGGCUGGCAUAUAUGCUUCCUCGGAUGCCUGGCUUUUGAAUGGGCCGGAGAACUCGUUGCCCUAUUUGCUUUCAAGGAAUGGAUUUGAUGUGUGGCUCGGCAAUAACAGGGGCAAUGUUUACUCUCGCCACAACGUCUUCCUAAAUGCAAGUGACCCUGCGUUUUGGAAAUUUUCGUGGCAUGAGAUGAGUGUUUACGACAUGACUGCCAUGGUGGACUUCAUUCGUGUGUACACCGGCGAGAAGCAAAUGCACUUCGUUGGGAUUUCGCAAGGCGGUACGGUUUUCCUAGUCCUGAACUCCAUUAUGCCACAAUACAAUGAGGCCUUUAAGACUGCCACACUGCUGGCCCCCGUAGCUUAUGUGAGCAAUACCAAAGGUGCGUUGGCAAAAGUCUUUGGUCCCCUGCUAGGAACGAGGAAUUAUGUGUCCAAGGUAUUAGAAGGAGUGGAAAUGGUGUCCACCAAUAAGUAUGUGAAGAAGCUUCUGUCAAUGGCAUGUUUGGAAAAUGAACGACCUCUGGUGUGUGUUAGUCGCUUAUGGCCAGCAGCAGGCUAUGACACAGAACUCUUAAACAAGACACUCCUGCCUGAUAUAAUGGCAAACUUUCCCGUCGGUGGAUCCUUCAAACAGAUCAUGCACUAUUUCCAAGGAUAUAUGUCGAAAAAAUUUCGGCAGUAUGACUAUGGGCCCGAGCAGAAUUUUCUACGGUACAAUCAACUGGAGCCUCCAGAUUAUUGCGUAGAAAAUGUGGCAGUACCCACAACCAUUUACUACGCUGAAAACGAUUACAUAGUUUCCGUAGAAGACAUUUGGAGACUAAUUCGUCGGCUCAAGUCCAUUCAAGCCAUCUAUAAGCUACCACACAAAAAAUGGAAUCACUUUGACUUCAUUUGUGGCCUGGGGGUGCGCCAAAUAAUAUUUGACAAUGUCGUCAAUAACCUCCUGUCCUAUGAGUACGGUUAGUUCCGCCAA